ACAGCAAUAAAUUGAUGAAAACUCCUCAUGGAUAGAUAAGUGAACUAUGCAUGCAAGCAUCACGAAAAGUACCACCAAAUCAAGCUGAGCCCACUCUGAUAUCCCAUGAAUAAUAAAUAAUGGGCGAGGUGACCCACUGACACCGUCUAUAAGUUUCAAUUCAGAGGGCAACUUUCUUUUUCAGUGCAUCUAAAUACUGAUGUAUAUUAAAGUAAUAGUUGCCCAUUUAUUUUCUUAAAAAAUAAUAAUUUUAGGUCUUCCUCUCAUCCUAUUUGAUUGGGAUGAUGAUUUUUUCUUUAAUAUUUACUUUCUAUUUUUUUUUUUAAUUUUCUAAGAUAGUAGAAAUUUUUUAAUUUUUUCUUUAAUACUUUUACUUUAUAAAUUAUUAGAAAGAUUUGUACAAGGAUAUAACAUUGAAGUAUAAGUAAUUUUUCCAAAAAAAUUUAAAUUCUGCUAUGAUUCCUUUGAACUUUUGAAUGCUACUAUAUAUUGGGUUUGUCCUGUAAUUGAGCCUUCUGUUGGUCGAAGUCCCCUGCCAACCAUGUGUUUGUAAAAUUGUCUCUGAGGAAAAAAAAGGCAAAAGGGUACUUGAAAGUGAGGGUUACGAGGAGGAUAGAUUGUUAUCGUAAAAGGUUGUAUUGUUAUGGCAAAUAGUAGCAUAAACUUGGUGCUUCAUCAAGGGUCAAUGUUGCCACAUGAACUUCCUGUAGCUGCUGUACUGGGACCUUCGUGCUUUCAUUCGUUUUCUUCAACUUGGGCUAUUACCAAUGGAGCCAUUCAUGUCUCACCACGAAGGGGGAACUGCAGUGCUACUUGUUAUUGCUCAAGUUUCAGGAAAUGUACGUGCAAAUGGAAACGGCUUGUAAGAAGUUGCUCCACCAGUGAGUUUGUCAUUGCCGGUGAUGAAAACUAUGGCAAUAAGCAGGUUGUUAGUCUCACUCCCCGUCUCUACGACUAUGUACUAAAAAAUGUUCGAGAGCCAGAGAUUCUAAGGCAAUUGCGGCAGGAGACAGCCUCUAUGCGUGGAAGUCAAAUGCAGGUGUCCCCUGAUCAGGCACAGCUGCUUACAAUGCUUGUGCAGAUUCUUGGAGCAGAACGGUGUAUUGAAGUUGGCGUUUAUACCGGAUACUCAUCAUUAGCCAUAGCAUUAGUUCUGCCAGAUUCAGGUCAUUUAGUUGCCUGUGAAAGAGAUGCCAAAUCUCUUGAAGUUGCCAAGAAGUAUUAUCAACUAGCUGGUGUUUCACAUAAGGUGGAUGUAAAACUUGGACUUGCAAUGGACUCCCUAGAAUCUUUAAUUCUGAAUGGUGAAGCAGGAAGCUAUGAUUUUGCAUUUAUUGAUGCCGAGAAAAGAAUGAACGAGAAAUAUUUUGAACUGCUACUACAGCUGGUGAAGGUUGGAGGUCUUAUUGUAAUUGAUAAUGUCCUUUGGCAUGGAAAAGUUGCUGACCAACUGGUUUAUGACCCUAAAACUCUCAGCAUUAGAAAUUUUAACCAGAAGUUAAUGGAAGAUGAGCGCGUAGACAUCACUAUGUCUCAGGUACCUAUUGGAGACGGGAUGACGAUCUGCCGAAAACGCUGACCCAUUUUUGAGUAACUUUUAAGUUGUAUGCAAUUGAACUUUCACCCUUCAGGGGUAAUUCUUCUGUAAGAUCUGAGGAAAGAAAGAUGCAUAAUAAGCACAAAAUUGAUUAGAUGUUCUUUAAGCUUUUGGAGUUGCAAAGUCCUUUCGUUUAGGCUACUUUUGGCAAGGAUCUGAAAACUGUGUACUGAUGAAGAUCAUUUUGGCUCCAAAUGGAAUACGCUAAACCAGAUUUAUAUGA